AUGGAAGAAGUUAUCAACGAACAAUCAUCGGUUGAUUUUUCUGGGAACUCUGGAUCGAGAUCUAAACUUCUGAGAUAUCCGCUGCGUUCGUCGAAUAAGUUGAAGGAACCGAAGGCAGAGGCAUCUAAUAGCAUCAAUCCUUCUGAAUCUAAGAGAGGAAGAAAUACUCCCAUUGUAAGCAAAAGCGUGGGAGUUCUUGAUUUCUCUGCUAAGGGCAAAUCCUCCAGUGCUAAACCGCCAAGAAGGCUCUCUAAUCCUGUCAAAGCAUCUCCCACUCCAAGUCCAAAGGCGGUUGCCAACAUAACCCCAACCUCAGAGACAAGAUCAAGGAGGUCUGGUAAUGGCCAAGGGCCUCAAACCAGAGUCCAAACACCUGUUUCUGACAUUCUUAGAUCAACUGCUCGGAAGUUUAGUCUCUUGUCUUCGGCUUCAUAUUGGUUGAACCAAAUUAAGCUAUCUGAAAGUGCUGCCAAGCACAACAUUUCACUUGGUUUCUUCAAAUUAGCCUUGGAGGCAGGAUGCGAGCCCUUCCAGAAAUUACAAGAUGAGCUGAAGUCUUACUUGCGCCGACACCAGCUUGAUGAACAUGGAGAACGAGUGAAAGAACUGGUAGAAAGCUAUAACAUUGCGGAAACCAUAGAACAACCUCAAGUUUCUGAAAUCAUAGAGCAACCUCAAGUUUCUGAAAUCAUAGAGCAACCUCAAGUUUCUGAAAUCAUAGAGCAACCUCAAGUUUCUGAAAGUAUUUCACAGAUGCCAGAAGAGGGAUCUCGAUCUACUGAUGAUGAAGUGCAAUACUCCUCUUCUAUCAUGGGUACUGGUAAACUGACCCCAAAAUGCUUAAACACUGAUUCUCCUCUAAUUACUACGCCUCCUGUUACCAUCACAGAGCCAACCAAGAAGGAAAUUAACCAAAAGAAAAAUCUUGGAUCCAAGUUGAGAGAGAAUCUCAGAAUGAACUCUGCAAAUUCGAAAACUGCUUCUGAUAUCAGGAAUAGUAGGUCAGUUAAAAAAUCCGAGAAGCCCAGUAAGCUUCAAACCAGUAAGAGUGUAGUCAAGAAACGUGGAAAGAAAGCUGAUGGUAAAGAAGUUUCUGCUAGUCCUAGUACAAGUGCUGGAGAAAAAGAAAACAUGGAUGUUCGGUCCACGGAUGAUGAUUUGAUUGAAGUUGUGUAA